CGCCAUAAUGCAAGUCACGUGUUACAGCUCUGUCUGUGUGUCAUCCCGGAAGAGCAGCGGCAAAAGAAUAAACGCUAUGGGAUGAGGAGCCGAGAAGAACCUGCAGCCCCCAUGCCACGUGAGCAGCGCCGGCCGAUUUCAAAGUCAGGUUCUUAUUGUCCAGCUUGACUCACUGGCAGAAAGGGUACUAUUUAUUCUGGAAGAUUAACUGUUGCUCCGUACUUGCCUGUUGGCCUUACAACUUAAAAGAAGACUUCUUCAGACACUUCUGGUACUGGACCUGAAUAUCUACACUUAUCUACUCUAAAAGACACACUGAAGUGACCUUUCAUAAUGGAAAAACAUUGGGUUUUAUGGUCAUGUGCGGAAAGAUGGCUGUUGGCAUUAGCAUCAUGGUCGUGGGGUCUCUGCCGAAUUUGUCUCUUACCAUUAAUAUUAACUUUUAACAUGUAUGGUGGAGUGAUUUUACUUUUGUUGAUUUUUGUUUCUAUAGCUGGAAUCCUGUUUAAGUUUCAGGAUGUGCUACUGUAUUUUCCUGAUCAACCUUCUUCAUCAAGACUUUAUAUUCCAAUGCCAACUGGAAUACCACAUGAAAAUAUAUUUAUAAAAACAAAAGAUAAUAUUCGUCUGAAUCUCAUCUUGCUGAGAUACACUGGAGAUAACUCAAGCUUCUCCCCAACAAUUAUUUAUUUUCAUGGUAAUGCAGGAAAUAUUGGACAUAGGUUACCAAAUGCAUUGCUGAUGCUGGUAAACCUUAAAGUGAACUUAAUUUUGGUUGAUUAUAGAGGAUAUGGAAAAAGUGAUGGAGAGCCUAGUGAAGAAGGCCUUUACAUGGACUCAGAAGCUGUUUUAGAUUACGUCAUGACUAGGCCAGACAUUGAUAAAACAAAGAUAAUAUUAUUUGGACGUUCUUUAGGGGGAGCAGUGGCUAUCCACCUAGCUUCUGAGAAUGCACAUAGAAUUUGUGCUCUUGUGUUGGAGAAUACUUUUCUUAGCAUCCCUCACAUGGCAAGCACCUUGUUUUCAGUCCUUCCGAUGAGAUACCUUCCAUUAUGGUGCUACAAAAAUAAGUUCUUGUCUUACAGAAAAAUCGUCCAGUGCCGAAUGCCUUCGUUGUUUAUAUCUGGGCUUUCAGACCAAUUGAUUCCUCCAUUCAUGAUGAAGCAACUUUAUGAACUAUCUCCUUCCCGGACUAAAAGACUGGCCAUAUUUCCAGAUGGUACACAUAAUGAUACGUGGCAGUGCCAAGGUUACUUUACAGCACUUGAACAGUUUAUUAAGGAGCUGAACAGCAAUCACUGUCCUGAAGCCAAUGCAAAGACUUCGAAUGUCACUAUAAUAUAGAUAGUGGUUUCUCUUGCACUUCUGUAUAUAUUGUUUGUGAGGUGUGACAACAGAAUGCCAUUUGUACUGCUCUGAACUGAAAUUUCUCCCUAGAAAAACUUGAAAACGGUAUUUUAAAAUGAUUCAGAACUGUGCUGAUUUUUCCACAUAAACAGAUGUCCAAGAGCUUAUGCUAUCUUCAGAUGCCUUUCAUUUUAAACAAAGUACUAGCAGAUCUCUUUCUUAAAGGUCAACUAAAAGCCCAGAAAAUGUUCUAAAACAUUGAUACCUUUUUCAUAGGACUGCUGUACCAGUCCCAAGAUAAACGUUAUUAUAAAAAAAAAAUGUGGAAGAACAGGAACUGGCCUUAAAUUUGUAGCUUACUUUUGGCUCUCCCUCACCACCCCAAGUGGUUUUGUAACCCCUUAGCCUUUGUUCAGACCCUACUAAAAUGCCUUAGAUGGCUAAUGCACUCAUAGUUGAUUUGUGCAUGUCACAGGAGAGGGCAGCUAAGAUUCCUAUAAAUGGAUAGAGCACCAGAAAAUUGAUUAUUUUACUUCCAGGCUGAUACAGCAUGUCUGACUGUGUUACUUUUGGAUGUGUCUUUUUCUAUACAGCUUGUGCUAAUGUAGUUCAUGAUAUCUUCUAUAAUCCAAACCAAAACAUUUACCUUGGGCAUAGGCAAUGUAAGCUAUUCACUACACUACAUGAUGCUGUUCAUUUAGUCUCGUUGGACUGCAAAACUCUAUUUAAAUCUCAGCUGAACUUGUUUUGAGAUGACAAAAUAUAGAUGAAUUUUGAGAAACUACCCUCUCAAAUGAACUUUAUUAAUAAUGAUCUAUAAACAGAACUGAUUUUUGUUCAACCUUCAGUAAUUAUGAUAAUGAUUUUAAUUCUGCAUUGGUGAGGCAAUAAUAAGGCAGCACUCAUUAGGAUACUGUCACGUAUGGUAUCCCAAACCCAGAACAAACCCCAAGUUCCCAGCCUCCGCUCACGCUUCUGCCGAUAGCAGCCACCUUUGGCUUCGGGAGGAGCCCUCCACUACUCAGAUGUCAGCAGGUCUUAAAAUGAGAGGACCAGGGAUAAAGUUGUGGGCAGGCAAGUGAACAGUAAUGUAAACAAGAGGAACAGAGAGUGAAGUCGCGGAACAGGUGAUGACCGUACCAACCAGACAGUUCAGAAUCAGGAGCCUAGUCAAGAUAAACAGGCUGGGGUCAAAACCAAUCGGUAACAUGGUACAAAUACAGGAUCCAGAAGAGUUGUCAAACAGGCAAGAGUCGGUUCAGGCAGCUAUACAGCAAGGUCAAAAACAAGUAAAGGUCAGGAACAGAAAAUCAAAAGAGAAUCACACCCAGGAACUAUUAGGAAAUAGAUCUAAGUUGGGCAAUGAGGCAGUGCAGUGUAGGGGGUUUUGUAGCCAGACUAAUGGCUUAUACACCUGUGGCCAGAUUGGCAAGAGGUGAAACAAGCCAUGCUUACUUGCAAUUACAAAGCAUAGCCAUAGGACUGAAGCAGGGACUUAGCCGUCUACUCACAUAAAGUAUUGGUAACGCAGACAGUACAGGAACAUCCGGUCCCCAGUUCAACUCCAGGCAGGUUGUUACAGAUACUUUUGUUUGCAGGCUGCAGGGGCUGAACAGACCAACAAGUACCAGGUUUAUAUGAUGGGUUUUUCACCUUUUGAGGAACAAUUGUCCAAUAUAAUUACUCAACAAAAAUCAAUUAACAUUGUAUCACUAGUUAAUAUUGCCUCUUACCAGACAAUCCUGGUCUUCCCUUCUGUAGAAGGGGGUUGCCAACCCCAUCUAUAUUCCAUUAAUGCAGAGAUCAGCAGCAGGUAGAAACUUCCACAAUGACAUGGCAUUUUUCGGGUGAUAAUCCGAAAAAAACUGAGUUUUGGAUGUCAAAUCUGAAAAAAUCGUACAAUUCUGUUUUUUUAUUUUCACAAUUUUAUCAAGUCUUGUCCCGCAUUAGAUGUUUUGGAGUAAAUUUAUUGAUAAAUACAGUAAAAAAAAAAAAAAGUGGUUUUAAUAAAAUAGUGAAAAGUUUUCGGAUUUUAGUAAAUAACACUCUUAGAGCCACAGCUGCCAUCACUUAAGUUACAUUCCUGAUCUUCCUUCGCUGCUGAUCUCUGUAAGAAUGCUUAACCCUGUGAUUAGGUAAGUGCACAUUUUAAUCUUGGAUAUCUUGGAUAUAAUUAAAAUUAAGUUUUGCAACAUAAAUCAUUUUGAAAAAGUGUUUCUUUUGCAAAGUCCUACCGCUUUAGUAGAUGAACAACCUCUUUAAGAAAUAUCUGUGGGCAAGUAAGGCUACAGCAGAUAGCAUGUUUUGAGUGGCCGUUAAAAUAGUUGCGGAUUGCUCUGUAUUAGUUUCUACCUUUUCAGGAAUAAAUACUGGCUUUCAUAUUUUCUCUCUUAUGGUAUGAGGUAUAAUUUUCACCUCCUAGGCUGGCUAAAUGCUGGCCAAUUUGUAACCUAACAUUGUAUUGGCUUUUCUGGGAUGAGUAUCUUGUGAAUACUCAGUGGUGCACGGUUUCCCCUGAUUGCCAAUACCUUUUAAAUGCGAUCUGCGACUGAAUGCAAGCAUUUUUCAAUUUCCCUACCAAAUAUUCUCUUUUUUUUUUUUUUUUUUCUACAUGAACAUUAGCUUGCCACAUAAUGGAAAUUGGAUUUUUUUUUUUGUUUAGUUAAAAUAAUUGCAACUGUCUAAAUGCAGCAUUAACCAGCAACACAUUACAUGAUUUUAGGAGAUUUUUGAUGGAUACCAUACUGUGAUGUUUCAUAUGAUAUAUUAAGCGGUGGCUUAGAUCUCUUUGUAGUGCUCAUCCAGGAGAUACUUUUAUUACGCAUGCCUAUAAUUUUCUGUUGUCUGUGUAGUACACACAAACAAUUUUCUUAGAGGAAAUCAUUCUGAUUAUUUUCAUUGCCUUCCUAUUCGUAAUUCUUCCUUCCUGACAACUGAGAAAGGGUCAGCCAGUAUAUUUAUUUUUUAUUUGUUGUAUCCAUUUUAUUAAAUGUUUGAAUAAUGGAUCUGAAGCAAUAGUUACUUGUAGAUGUUUUUUUCGUAUUCUAGCUGGAUAUAAUUAAGGUAGACUGUAUUAGUUGUACUGAAUCUUGUAAUAAAGUCUGGUUAAAACACAAUGGGGUAUAUUUAUCAAAAAGUGAAGUUAGAGAUCACCGCAGUCAUCUAGAGUGAAAUUCCACAACGCCAUUUAUUUCUGAGAUUUUGAAAGGCAUUUUUAUCAAAGGGUGAAUUUUCACUUUCACCCAUUGAUUAAUGUCUUUUAAAAAUCCCAUAGAAAUGAAUGAAGAGGGGUGGUAUUUCACUCUAGAGGACUGUGGUGAUCUCUAACUUCACUUUUUGAUAUACCCAGAUGACUUUUUCUUUUGGAGUAACUGCAAGAAUGGCUAGAGGACCUGCAGCGAAGACAUUUAAGUGCUGAAGCUGAGGAAAAUAAAAAUAAAAUGCAGUACAUUGCAUUGCAUGUGUUUAUAUUUGCAUUUUCUGUGUCCAACACAGUGCUUAAAUGUGGUAUGAGAUAUUUUAUAUGAUUUGUUUUCCAAACAUUGGAGUAUUAUGGUUGAUAGUAUGUCGGACUUACAACCAAAUGCAAGGGCUUGUUCAUAACUGUAAGAAUGAUCACUUUGUAUAACAAGUUAUUUCAGGACCAAUGUUUUAUCCACAUAAAGCUGUAAAUAUUUAGAAUAAAUGAUUCAUGAUUUUGAAAUUUAA